UCGGCUAUUACCUGCACAGAGAACCAGUGAUUAAAAAUGGCCAACUCGAAGCGAAUGGUUUACGUAGGAGGCAUAUCUGAAGAAGUUGGUGAGAAGGUUUUACAUGCAGCCUUCAUACCAUUUGGGGACAUCACGGACAUCAAUAUUCCCCUUGACUACGAAACUGAAAAACACAGGGGAUUUGCAUUUGUGGAAUUUGAGCUGGCAGAGGAUGCGGCAGCUGCUAUUGACAACAUGAAUGAUGCAGAGCUGUUUGGUAAAACUGUCAGAUGCAACCUUGCAAAGCCGAUGAAAGUAAAGGAGGGACAUGCCAAAGCUGUGUGGUCAGAUGAUACCUGGUUGCAGCAACACGCUGGGGAAACGGUGAAGGAGGUCGAGGCGGAGGACACGGGUGAGAAACGUGCCGCUGACACGGACACGACAUCAGAGCCAGCCCCAAAGAGGUCAAAGGGUAGUUCACAGGUUUUCCUUGAUAUAAAGAUUGGAAGCAAGCAGAGUGGCAGAAUCGUCAUACAACUCAGGCCAGAUGUUGUCCCCAAAACUGCAGAGAAUUUCAGGUGCCUGUGCACUCAUGAGAAGGGAUUUGGAUACAAGGGCAGUUCUUUCCACCGAGUCAUACCUUCAUUUAUGUGUCAGGGAGGUGACUUUACAAACCAUAACGGCACUGGUGGCAAAUCCAUCUAUGGCAAAAAGUUUGAGGAUGAAAACUUCACAUUGACACACACUGGACCAGGUACAAUGUCUAUGGCCAAUUCAGGACCGAACACAAAUGGAUCUCAGUUCUUCAUAUGUACCGAGAAAACGGACUGGUUAGACAACAAGCAUGUGGUGUUUGGUAAAGUCAUUGAAGGCAUGGAUGUUGUCAGGAGAAUGGAGAAAUGUGGCAGUAAGUCUGGAAAACCAACAGAGAAAAUAACAAUAGCGAAUUGUGGAGAACUUGUUUGAAAGAGAUAGAAUAUCUUGGACCACCAAGACACGGGCAGUUGGUGGAGUAGUGUGUGUGUCGCUGUUAGAAGGUGCAAUGAUGUCAUCUACCGGAACAUUGUGCACCAGUGAUGGAUUAUAAAUCAGAGCAGUUUGGUCUUGAAGAACGCGUGUUCAUUAAGUACCAAAGUAAUGUGCUGAACUUUCGCAAGGCAGACCAAACAUGGUUAGACAGACAAUGCCAACUUAAGCUCUUUACAUUUUUUAAUCUAUUGUAUAGAAAGUUUUUUAUAUGAAGUAGAUGUUUAUACUAUAACAUUACUGUUUACAUAUAAAAAACUAUGGAACAUAACACAUAUGACUUUCCAUUCCUCCAUGCAUUUCUAAUGAUAUUUUGAUAUUUUCUUUAUUUAAGCAUAAACACACAGUAACUGGAGAACAGUUUGACCCAGUACCAUGAAACUUCACGGGGUCAAGGUUCCAAUUACUAAAAAAGAUGGUUUCUGCCCAAUGCCUUCAGAUUGCUUUUAGGGUUGUUGGGAUCACUGUAACUAAACAUAGAGUAACUCUUUGACCUGUAAGCCUCCCUUGGCAAGAAAUGUUUGAUUUACCAAUCUCAAGAGCCAUAAUACUUUAAUCCAUAUGUUCAGUCGUUAAAUCCCUUUGAUAUUUAUGUUUGAGCUUGCUAAACUUAAGUAAGGGCUUAAUGAAGAAACUGUAUUUGUGUUGAUUUUUCUUUUAUUAGUAAGCAUCUCCCUUUGAUUGAAUAUGUAGUUUAUUGGACAUAAAUGAGUUGUAUGUAAAUUAAUGAAAUAAAAAAAUAUACAAAAAUAAAAUAUUUCCGAGAAA